GGUUACGUGGUUCUGGUUUCCGGACUAUAAUAUUUAUUAUUUAUUUUUUUGAUGCAUUUUAUAAUUUUUUUCUUGCCAUUAUUUAUUGUUUAACUUGGACUUAUUUAUUAUUAAAAAAUUUGUUAAAUAUUCGAAGUCAUAAUUCCAAUGACAGAUGCUGUGGAUCCUUUUGAUUAACGUGUGCAUUAGACAUAUUCAUCUUUAACGUCAUUUGACCGCAGUUGAUACCUUUUUAAAACCAUACAUCUCAUCUGUUUAAUUUAGUUUCACUUUAUUCGGAUUUUUAUCUCCCUGGAUACACAACUAUAUUAAUCAAACAAGCUUGCUGGAAUAUAAACAACUAAAGCUUCAUACUUCGUUCAACCUCCUUCAUUUAAACUAAGAUGUCCGAGGUAUGGCUGAUGAGAAACCUAAUACUCAUAUUUCUGUGAAAUUGGAACCAAAGGUUGAACAUGAUAUUAAACCAGUUAAAGUCGAGAGCCUUGAAAUUGGUUCUAGUGUAACCCAAGUUAAUAAAGUGCGUAAAGUGCGUAGAAAAAUACGAAAAGUUUCAACCAGAAAAGGUACAUAUUCAAAAGUUAAACGUAAAACCAAAGUAAGAAGAAAAAGAAAGACCACUAGGAAGACAACAAAGACUACAAAGGGACGUCGUAAGCGAGUAAGGACUUCGAAGCCUUUAGUCACCGGCAAGGCAUUAACUCCUCGAGCUAGACUGGCUAAAAAGCUUGGAAUUGAACGAAAUAGGAGUCUCGGUAUUCAUUCACUACCUACGAUAAAGAAAAUGACACAAGAAAAUUUAAAUAAUAAACGAGUUGCUGCUGGGAUUAGUGUGCUUUCUAUUUUCGGAUCCGAAUUAAAUUCUCAUGGUUCAGUACCUUUGAGAGAAGAUCAUCCUGAUUUAAAUGCUGAUUUAUCACGAGUUGAUGAUGAUUCGCCCUUAGUUGAUGAACAAGAAGACUCAUAUGGACCGCAAUUGCCUCCAGAAGAUAUCACUUCAAAUGGCAAUGUAAACAAUAUUAGUAAUGGAAAUAGUAUUCACAGUGAUAACAUCGAUAAUGCCGGUGCUAAUAAUCAUGAAUUGGUUGUUGACACCAAACCACAAGUUCAAAUUGUUGAAAACCAAAGUGAUCGGUCAACCUCUCACAGUCAUAAAGAGAAAUUAAAAAAAUCAUCAGAAAUUGAAGAAGGGGAAAUCGCUGAAGCUGAAGGUGAUAGUAAGUCUAAAAUUAGGAGAUGCAAGCAUGGUAAAUUAAUUCAUAAGAAACAUCCUGAUAGCAGUAAAUCUAAAAGAAGCAGUUCCAAGGAGAAAAAAGAAGAACCCAAACUACCUUUAAUCAAAUCAAUAAAAAAAGAGCCGCGAGAUCGAGAUGAAGAUAGAUCAAUUGAAAAUAGAGUAAUACGUGAUAGAGUGAGACCUUACGUACCGAAUCGACACGAAACGGAUCGUCGGUUAAAUCGUUCACCUCCUGAUGAAAGAUCUUCCAAAUACCGCGAAAAUGAUAGAAAUCGUGAAAAUCAUUUUCGUGAAGACAGACACAGUGAUAAAAGAAGACAUAGAAGUUUAAGUAGGGACAGAAUACCCUCAAUACCAGCACCAGUAACAGUAACAGUACCAGUACCUCCUCCGUCUCUUCCUAUACCACCUCCUUCAUCAAACAGAUCCAGAUCUGAGUACAAUUCGUCCAAAUACCGGAGUAGUCAUAAAAGAGAUUCAUCUAAAAACCAUCGCUCUCCUGUAAAGAAGGAAUCCAGACGAGUAAGUCCGCAUUAUGAACCCUACGAGAGUACUGAAAUAAAAAGAAAAUAUGACCACGAAGAAGAAGAAAAAUCUAAAGCUAAGAAAAAGAAAAAGAAACACAAGCAUAAACAUGGAAAAUAUGAUGAUGAUAACUACAAUGUAAUGAAAAAUUCUAAAAAUCCCGUUCCAUCGGAAAGUAACAACAGUAAACGGGUACCUGCCAAUUCGAUUGAUAAAAUAAGUACUAACUCUCGUCAUAAUGAUCAUCACCACAAAAAAUCUAAACAUCAUUCACGUGAUGGUCGAUCUCCUCCAUCCCACAAAAUUUCAUCUCCUCAUGCAAAUGAACGAGCCGAAGAGCCGAGUAUGUCUCGUACCAAAUCAAAAAGAUCUCGACACUUGUCUCCAACUCGUGAACACAUCUCUAAUAGAAAUUCUCAUAAAGAAGAAAGAAAAGAUUCAACACAUCCGAAGGGCAGCAAAAUAUCAUCAGCUGUUAAUCAUUCUAUUGAUGAAGUGAACUCCAAAGAGAUUAAAGUCAAAACAGAAGAUAAUCAGCUCAAAGAUCAUGGAAAUAUUAACUUAGGCGCUAUCAAUAAUAAUGAUACUGAUAAUAACAAUCCCAAUAGUAAAGCUAAUCGGUCUCCAUCUGAAGUAAAAUCAGUUUCAUCUAAACCAGGGUCGCCUCCAAAAAAAGAUGUUCGUUUGGUAUCGAAAUCACGAACUGAAUUUGACAUUUUCUGGGAUGAAAAUAGUCAAAAUAAGAAAGUAGAUAGCUCUCAUCAAGAGUAUGAUGCAAAUAAUGUUACUGGUAAAGAAGAAACUGUGCUUCGAUUUUUACCAAGAACUCUUCUUUCUGAUCAAUCUUCACCAAGUGUUUGCUUACCUGCCACCGUGGGUCCAAGGACACCUCCUGAUGAAGAAAGAACCGGGAAAAAUGUUAUAAUGUCAUCACCUGAUCAAACUAUGCCAACUCCAACUCAAGAUGAAUCUCUUGAAGGUGAAUAUAGCAAUGGAUCUCCAAGUAAACAAAGAAGUAGUAUAAAAUCUCUUAAUUCACCUUCUGUUGAUCCAGAUGUAUAUGACCCUGAAGCUCCACUGGAUAGUCCCGAGGAAGAUCAGCAAUUACAAAGUGAAAUAGCGCGAUCGCAAUCCAAAUUAAAUGAGAUGGAAAAAAAGUCAUCACCUUGUGCAAAACAGAUAUCUCCUGUUAAAAAUGUACCUAGACCCGAAACUCCAGAAUUACCUUCACCUCGAUCACCUCAACAUAAAUUUAAAUCACCAAAUUCAUUCAAUUCAUCAAUUAUUCCACAAAUUUCUUUAACGGCUUCCAGCAGCAUUAAUCGUGUACCAACUCUUGCUGAAAGUUCUUUACCACCAGCUCCAGGGUCUCUUUUAGCUCAAAUACAACAAACAUUAAAUCUUCAAACUAAAACUCAUUCUCAUUCGGAUUGCUCUAAACAACUCCAAUCACAUCCCCCUCACCCACCUCAUCAAUCUCAUAGUACAUCAACUGGACUCUCAGCAGGAACAUCAACAUCAUCAUUUAUUCAUUCAUCUAGUGGGACAUCUGCUAAUGAUUCAAUCAAUAAAGCAUCGGUAGCACCUAUAAAUUCAAUCAACGCAUUAUCUCCUUCAUUGAAAUCAUUAUUGGAAAAUCUCAUUAAGGCAGCUGAGCAGCAACAAUCAAAAAUUAAACCAUUCAAAACUUCGGUUACCUCAAACGCUAAUAACAUUUUCAAAAAGCCUGCACCAGUCUUAGAUUCGAAAUCACGAUCCAUUUCUCAUUCACAUCAUCAUUCAGUCAAAACAAAAGUAAUCGACAAAGAAGCAAAUAAAAAGACUUCAUCAUCUAAUAAUCAAGGAAUAGCUCCUGGAUCAGCGCCUACUGGUCCUAAAGUGACUGAUGUUGCUGUCCUCGAUGAUUUACCUUCAUCAGCAGUUGAAUUACAAGUGAAAGAAAAAUACUUGAAGAAAUUAAACCGACAAGAGCGUGUGGUCGAGGAGGUAAAAAUGGUCUUAAAACCAUUUUAUCAAAGAAAGGAAAUAUCCAAGGAAGGAUACAAGGAAAUAAUGAGAAAAGCAGUCCCAAAGAUUUGUCAUAGCAAAUCGGGCGAAAUCAAUCCACAAAAGGUUCGCUUUUUGGUUGAAGGUUAUAUACAAAGAUUCAAACAUGAUCGUAAAAAGAACAAAACUGUUAAAGGAAAAUAAUGGUAAUUUCUAUUGGUUAUGGGCAUUUAUGGAUCGAAGAGAAAGAUUUUCUGAUAAUCAUGACUUGGGAUGCAUGUUUUUUCGUAAAUUUGUCAAGGCAAUCAAUACUGUGACAAAAAAAUGUUUUCAGAUUGUUUUAAUCUUGUAAAAAUGUUUCACAGAUUAACAUCGUUAACCUUUCAUUUAGUUUCAAUCUGAUUAUCAAUGCACCAACAAAAAACAUGUAAUCUCUGAAUAGAAGAAUUACCUUUUCUUCCCUUCUCAAAUUAUUUAUCGUCAUCAUCACCAGUAUCGUUGUCAUCUACUUCUUAUCUUGCUUCUAACUUUACUCUUCAUGGUACAAGAAUCUGCUGGACAGCUAAUGGUAUCAUUGAUGGAAGCUCGGCUAACUUGAAAUCGUUAAGGAUUAUCUACUGAUUGAGUUGGACAUUCAAUUGAUGAAAAAGCCAAUUAUCACUCUUGAAUUGUCCAUCAAUUAGAACUGAAGCAUCCCCGGACCAGACUUUUUUUGUAUAAACUUUACUAACUCGAAUCAUCGAAAAACAAUCAUGUUUAAAUCUUCUCUGAAAGAGUUCCAAGUUCAAGUUGCUGGAUUAACAUUUUUUUCUCAAUCUAAUUCAAUUGAUUUGAAAGAUUGGCUCAAUUCUUCCCUUAAUUUUUCAAAAGGAAUCAGAAACUAAAAAUUAACGAAUGAUUAGCAAAGAUUGGUGAAGCAGAAGAAGAGUACAUCAUGAAAUGAACUUAAUCUCCGUUAAGUCAUUGGAAAAUCAUUUAGUCAUCAUUGUAAUUGAAUGUAAAGUUAAACGAUAAACAACAAGAUUAUUCUAAUUAAAAUAAAAUUAACAAAUUUUCACCUUACAA